AAAACAUUUAAUAAAUGGGUAAUCAACAAUCAUUAGAAAAGGUCGAGCAUGUUGUUAAAGAAGGCAUCGAUAUUUAUAAGCAAAUAAAAAAUAGUCAAGAACAAUAUGAACAAAAUACUCAUUAUACAUCAACAACAACAACACAUGUAACUCAAUCUACAUAUUACCAUGCAUCAGAGGAUAUUGAUGAUGAUCAAAUUUAUUCUGAGCUACGUCAGCGAGCACACGAAGAAGCAGAAAAAAGAAAUGAAUGCUAUUCAAAAAGUCAAGAAGCCUAUCAAAAUGGAGAUGGUGCAGAAGCCAAGGAACUAUCAAAUAAAGGCCAUUAUCAUGACAACCUUAUGAAAGAAUACAAUAAAAAAGCUGCUGAUCAUAUUUAUGCAAUUAGAAAUCAGGGUCGUCCAAUUAAUGAAAUCGAUUUGCAUGGUUUGUUUGUAAAAGAAGCUUCAGAAAAAGUAGAAGAAGCCAUUCAACGCUGCCAAGAAAAUGGUCAAACUGAUUUAGUUAUUAUUGUUGGUAAAGGACUUCAUUCUCCUGGUCAAAUAGCUAAAUUAAAGCCUGCUAUUAUUGAACUUGUCAAGAAAUAUAAUGUAAGUUGUCAGCCUAAUAUCCCUAAUCCUGGAUGUCUUUAUGUCGAAUUUGGUAAAGGUACUGGUGACCUUUCAUGGCUUAACCAUAUUACAGACAAAUUUGUUAAUGAACAAUGCAUCAUUAUGUAAUCAAGCUAUUUUAAUAGAAUACAGAAUAUAUCAUAUGUAACAAUUGUUGUGCUCUUUUUUUUUUUUUUUUUUUUUUU